AUGAAUUCCUCUGGACAAAACCAAAGUGAGAGCUAUUCCGAAAAAGCCACUACGAAGACGAGAAAUGUGGAAAUUGAGACUUGCUGCAUCUACCCAAAUGAGAGGCGGGAGAGGAAUCAGAUUUACACACUUCUGAGCAUCAGUAAUAGUGUAAAGGAGCAAGAGGAAAGACCCCUGGAGUGUGUGAAUGGAACAGGAUGGGAGGAAGCAGUCCAAAGCUGGAGCAAAACAGCCCCUUUUGCUUACCUUCAGUUACAAAAGAGAGCCAGAAAGACAAGGCCAAGUGAGUCUGUCAAUGGAUGCCUCUAUUGCUUAGAUCUGAUGCAAGGUGUGGAACAAGAGCCCAAGACAAUAGUUCAAGUGAAAUCUGAUUUCAAAUUCAAUGCAAGUGCUGCCACAGGUAGCCCUCCAGAAAAACAACAGACUUUGCUUUAUUCUAGUACAGCUACGACUGCUUCUUCUGCAAUCGAUGAGCCUAAGAAAGAAAGAGAUUAUAGCAAAAUGCACUCUAUUCAGUUGUCCCAAGGAGAAAAGAAAAAAAUGAUCUUCAAAGAAGCCCAAGCUUCUCUAAGUGAAAAAAAGUUAUUUAUAAUGAAAGAGAAUCCGCUAUUCCCAGUAGAAAAGAAAACAGUGCCAAUAAAGGAGUAUAAUAUUCUGCCUCCAGGAAAGCACCAAAGUCUAGAAAUAGUCAAGGGCAAAGAGAUGAGGAGCCACGAGUCUCUUCUGUGUAAUCAGGCUGGCCCUGAAAUUACUGCUAAAUCGUCACUGGUACUGCCGCCUCUGAAGGAUACAGCUCUCAAAAACAGCCUGGAUAAUUCUCCAAAGAAAAGUAAGAUAGUUAAUUCCCAGGCAAAUGAGAAAAUGUUCCAUGCUUUUGCAGAGACGGUUUCCUGCCCUCAGUUUUUUAAACCCAAGGAGCCAAAGUGUGAGCCAAGGAUAGACGCCAUGUGCGAGGCAGUGAAGGAGCAAAUAAAAAUGCAUGAGAUAGCCUCCUUUGUCCCAAGGCUUUCCAAGACUUCAUUCAUCUCAAGGAAUUUGGAUCGGGGCUACUGGCACUGUGGCUUUUUGCCAGAUAGAAAAAGUGUAACCUUGACAAAUUCAGUUGCGCUGAGAAGACGCAAUCAUCUCCACGGCACCCGUUUCCUGCAUGCCAAAGGAACACACGCCAGCAAAGCCAAUGAAAUUAGAAGCAGGAGUUACAGUGGAAGCCAGCAAGGAAAUCAGGCAAAAUCUCAGGAGAUCCCACUGCUUUCUGGACUAUUCCCUUCCUUAACGAAACAAAGCUGGGGAAGAGCUACUCCUUUCACAUGCUGUAAGAUCCAGAAACAGCGCAAGCAGCCAAGAAUAACUAAAACAAGUCUAUCUCACCAGAAUAUGUCACAGGCUCUUAAGAAAAACAUGACGUGGGUAACACAGCCAACCAUGGACUGCACAUUCAUUGACGAAGAGCCCAUCUCAAGCAACAGAAAGACUGGAGUUUCCUGCACCAAGUCCUACAGCUACAUCCCAAUGAUGACUUCCAAUGCCGAGGGAGAAAGGGUAAGAGGAAAAUUAGACUCUAUUCAGACAUUCCUAGGUGAAAAAAGGACCUUGCCGAUAAAGGAAUAUGAAAUCAAGUACUCUCAGCACCCAGAGCGGGAAGUCCUGAGCGUGCCAAAAGUGAUCCAAGGCAAUUCUCCCAACAGCUUGGGCUGUAUCACUUUAAAUGCACUGUUAGUCUUCAGGCCAGAAGCUGGUGUGAUCAAUUUGCAUCUGGAGCCCCCUUCCAAACCUACAGCAGCUGCAGUCAAGAGAACGGACAAGGGGGGCAGUGCUUCAGCCAAAACCAUCUCUCCUCGUUAUGCUGCUACAGAAGUAAAGGAAAAGAAUGAAAAGAAAGUAGGUACGGAUAAUAUGGUGAAAAAGGAAAUACAAAACUCAUGGCUGAGGUGA